AUGGCCAGCGACGGGCUGAAGAAAACGCUUGCAGCUAUUCCUCUCCUUAAGACUCGAGCUGGUCCUCGAGAUGGCGAAGAAUGGGUAGAGCGCCUUAAGGAAGAGUACACAUCUUUGAUAAAAUAUGUAGAGCACAAUAAACAGAACGACUGCCACUGGUUCCAAUUGGAAUCAAACAGCAGUGGCACUAAGUGGUUCGGGAAAUGCUGGUACAUUCAUGAAAUGAAAAAAUACGAAUUUGAUGUUUGCUUUGACAUCCCCGUUUCAUAUCCUGCUACAAGUCCUGAAAUAAUGAUACCCGAGCUUGAUGGAAAAACAGCGAAGAUGUACCGUGGAGGCAAAAUUUGCCUAACGGACCACUUUAAGCCACUCUGGACACGAAAUGUUCCAAAGUUUGGCAUUGCACAUGCGAUGGCCCUCGGACUUGGCCCUUGGCUCGCUGUCGAAAUUCCCGAUCUGAUAAGUAAGGGGAUCAUCAAGCAUAGAGAAGAUGAGUAA